GUCUCCACCUACACAUCUUACAUAUUUCCUCCUCCUCCUCCUCCUCCCUUCUCACACCUCACUGACCUGCACACACAUAAUCACAUACACACACGCACACAUAUCUUUACACUUCUCUCUACCGCAACCUCAGUGAUAAGUUGUCUAAGCAAGGCGUCCUGUGUUCAUCAAAAACAAUAUCUGAGCAAUUAUUCGAGAAAUUCCCGUAUGGCUGUAUUGAAAACAAAACGCUAAAGUGAACAGAAGCAUCCUAGUGCGUUUGGGUUAGGGGUGUGGUGAACAUUAUGUUUGGAUUCUUCAAAAGUAAAGGAAAAGACAAAGUCGCUUCUAAGGAACGAUCUACUGACUCUUCAAAAGAAAAAAAGAAAGACAAAAGUAGCAAGGAAGACAAAAACAAAGAUGUGAAUGACAGCAUUACUCUCAGAAACAAAGAAGACAAAUUGUCAUCUUCAAGGACCUCUAUCUUUCGCAGAAGUAAGUCUAUUGAGAGAGCAAAGGAAAAAGAUUGUGAAGGACCUGCUAAAAAAAGAAGCAAGAAUCUUGAUCCCCGAAAAUCUGGUGAAUGGGAUGACAGCAGCAGUCAGGAUGCAUCUGUGCGCUCCUCUGCGGCAACUGACGAGGACAGCAGUAUUGAUGGUUCUGGGCAAAGAACAGACUUGCCUACAAACAAUGUUCUCACCAAGACUAGGAUUUCUAGCAGCCCUGACCCUUAUCGGCUCACUGAACAUGGUCAGACAGAUAAUAUUAGUAAAGGGAUGACUGGCGGGAGUAUUGCUGGAAAUGAGAAAAUACUAUCAGGACAAUCUGCUGAAGCUACUGCAGAAGUUAGUGAAUCAGUAAUGGCUGAAAAUAAUAUGCCAUCUCUCAUUGCAUCAACUGCUUCUGCCUCACAGGCUACCACAGAUCAAGCAGAAAGCAAAUGGAAUAUAAACAAGAUAACCACAUCUGCCUUUUCUCCACCAAGAAAAUCCAGUGAAACUUCUACAUCUUUGGCAAUGAAACCUCCAUUGAAUCCACGUUUUGUUGGACCAAGGGGACCUUUGGCAUCAUCAGGUUUCUCUCUAGCUUCUAGCCCAACGAAUAUAAACCAAGAUUCUGAUGAUAGUCUUUCUUUGCACUCACCAGGAAUUGUUACACCACCAUCAUCACCUGGUCCAUCUGGUAUUCAAGGAAUUCCUCCGUAUCCUAUUGUUACCGGUCCAUCUUCAAGACCUACAUCACCAGAUGGAAGAGCUUCCAUGCUUUCAACCCCUUCAAGCUCCACUUCAAGCCUCACUAGCCUUACAUCCAGACCCAUAUCGCCCUCUGGUCGACGUACACCACCAGGGCCUCGAAUGGGUACAGGGGGAAGAUUAUCUUCAUCACCUACUGCAGGCCGUAAGACUGUGAGAACAAACAUCAAAACUAAUCCUGUAAUGGGUUCACGUAGAGGUGGUUCCCAGUCUCCUAUAAACCCAGUAGCUUCUGGACCCAACUCUACAGAAAUUCCGUUCAUGGACGGAGACAAAUUGGCCACUCCUCCAUCAUCUCCUGUUAAUGUAAGACAUGAAUCACAAGUUGUCAAAGAAAAUUUAAAUGAUGCCGAAAAAAAUUCUUCCAUACCUGUAACACCCUUGGUUUCACAGUCUGAUAGAUCUCUAAUAACCGUGAAUUCACCAGGUAAGGCUAGAGUUGCACCUCCUCCGCUCCCAGCAACGAAAGUGUGUUUUCCCGUUGAGCCAAAAUUCGAAAUGAGCAAGCAGGGAUCAAGAAGUUCUUCCCCAACUACUGGGAAAUCUCGUCAUUCCAUAUCCUCAGUGCAUUCCCUGGAAUCAAUACCAGAAAAUGAUAGUGAUAGCCAAGCGUCGGCUAACAAUACAUUGGAGAAAAAUAGACCGACUUCCCCACUGAGUUGUAAGCCUCCCAGUACCCAUGCUGUCUUGAGAGAAAAUAAAAUCAAUAGCAAACCCACAGGCUACUCAACCAGGCAUUCAGCUCCUGAAGCAUCUUCCUGUGAUCGUCAUCGUUAUACAGCCUCUAUGCAUAAGAGAUCGUUUUCUCUUACUCCAGUGACAGAGGAAAAACUCCUGCCAACAGCUGUUGCUUUAGCUUCAGAUAUUGAUAAUUCUACAAGUGGAGUAAAUGAAAAGCAAAGCCAGGUAAAAAAGAAAGCUGCAGUUGGAGGCAUAGCAGCUCUUUCUUCGCUAUCUACACAAAAAGCAAAUAGUACAAGUGAUAAAACUGGGUUAAGUGAAUGCAACAAAAAUAUUUCUCCUGAUCACUGCAGUAGGAGAAAGCAACAUAAUAGUAGAUAUGGAAAAUAUAAGCAGGCAAACCUUGACCUUCCUCAAACAGCUAAUUCUGAUUUUCCAGUGGAUGAUGCUGCUACCCUGGAAAGAGAUGAAACAGUAUUACAUGGAAAAGUUUCUUUUUCCAAAGGAAAUGAAGAUAGGCUAGAAAUGGCCACAGUUGACAUGGUAUCUGAAGAAGUUUACGAGAAAAAUUUUAGUGAUUCUGUGAACAGACAAAGUAUGUCUAAUUUUAGUCAGGAUGGAAGUCCAUCAGAGAGAGCGACUCAUGUUGUUUUCCGAAUACCUCUAAAGAGUAAUUCUUGUUCUAACUGUCAUGAAUUGGAGAAAAGAGUGUCUGUUGAGGUUCUUUCUGGGAAAGAGGCAAAAGAAGUUAAGCGACCAGAAAAGCAUUAUCACAGAAAAAGACCAAGAUCGGUGUCAACAUCCCGAGAGCUGAAAAGAGAGAGAAUCUCUGAAUACUUCCAGAGAAAACGCUCUUCGUCUACUGGGCCAGAAGGAGAGCCAGAGGAACAUUUAUCUAUUUCAGUGACAGAGAAGCAAAAAGAUAGAGAUAGCAAAAGUGAUAUCGACUCCAGUUGUGAUGAGGCACAGGUUGUGAUUAUUCCAUGGCGCUGUAGGUCUAGAAGUCAUUCGAGAGCACGAGAGUUACCAGGAUCUGAAAAUAAUGAAAAAUUAAAAGAUCCCACAGUAUCAAGAGCACAAAGUUAUUCUAGCGUAAGGGACUCGACAGAUUCUAAUCCUGGCAAAGACUAUAAGAGCAUGGCUAACAAUACGGACUCCAAAAUAGAUUGUGACUCAAGGACUCGAAGUCGCACGAGAUCUAGGUGUUUAACGGGGUCUAAGCCAGAUUCAGCACUUUCAGACAGGUUGGCAUCUGUGUCUUACAGUGAUAACCAUGAAAUUAGUGACAGCACACAAAUCCCACUUAGUGUGAAAACUGACAAUAUUGGCACCACAGCUGACUCUUCAAGUCAUGUCCGCAAGCCAGCAAAUUGUCAGUUAACCUCAAAGGACCCUGCAAGGAGAAUGACAAGGUCUGUAACUCUAGGGGAACUCCCCAGAAUAAAUUUAAUUUCGGACCAAGGGCCGCCAUCUGACGACCAGAUACGAGGCAGACGUGCUCUCUCAUCUUCCAGAGUGAGAGAAACGUCUUCUGCUAAACAGGAAGAAGGAAAAGACCAGCCAGGUGUUAGAAGGCCUCCAAGAAGGAGGUCCCUCUCCACAAGUGGAAGACGAUCAACAAACUCUGUUGAAUAUCCUGAGAAUAAACAUAAAAUCCUAGUGACUGAUACUGGUGUUGUAGACGCUAAUCAUUCCAGUAACAUUUCUCAGAAUGCGAGUGAACAUUUGAACGGAAUGAAUGACCACAAACAUUUUUCAAAACCGAGUGGUGAUGAAUGUUCUCUUGAUGAUAAAGGUUCAGAUGUAAGAAUUGAAGCCACUGUGAGAAUAAGGAGGCGUUCCUCUCCAAGAGAGCUUGAUAACUCUAACAAAACCAGUGGAAAAGUUGCAGAGGUUAUAGAUAUAUCAACAAAAACAGAUGGGGGAGAAGAAGGAAUCACGAGUUGUUCUCUGAGAAACAAUGAAUUAUGUUGUAAUGCCGGAGAUGUGAUUGAGAAAACCAAAAAGGAACUCGCGGCUCAGGAAGAGAGGUACCAGAAGCAGGUGGAUCAGCUCACCCUCGCCCUAGCAGAGAAGCAGGAGGAAGUACGCGCCCUGACCCAGCGGCUGGAGGAACUUAAUAGCAUCAAGGAAAAACUCAAGGAAUCAGAGCAGCUGCAGGUUAGGCUGGAUGCCUUGCAAAAGGAACUCCGAGAAAAAUCCGCGGCAAUGGAUAGUGUUCGAGUUGAGCUCCAAUACUCGAAGAACGAAGUCGAAAUCACCAAGUCGAAACUCAAGAAGUUGGAGGAGGACCUCGACAAUGCCAGGCAAAAGAAUAUUUCCCUCCAGAAUCAACUCACUGCCAAUUCAAACUGUGAGAAAGGUGAGGAUCUUGCUGCCAAAAUCUCCACGCUGGAGGACCGCCUCAAGAUAUGCCAAGCGGAGAAGGAGAAGUUGACGAAGACCAUCGAGGAGAUUGAGGCCGAAAGAGACGAUGAGAUCAAGAUUAUUCAAGAUGCCUUGGAUGAAGCCGCCCAAGAGAGGGAAGAACUGAUAGCGACCUUUGAGAAGGAACUCCAGAAUAUCAAUACCAUGAACAGCAACCGGGAGCAGCAGCUGAUGGAAGACUUCGAGUGGAAACUCAGGGAAAUCGAAAAGGAACACAAGAAGAAGCUCGAGGAAAAGGACAGGAUGGCAGAGGAAAGGCUAAAUGCAGUUCGCAACUUGGUGGAAUCUGAACUUGCCGAAUCGAUUACUAAAGUGGCUGACGACAGACGACUUGCUGACGAGAAACUGGCCGAGGUGGGUCACCUGAAGAGCUACGAAGCAGAGGCCAUCCAGCUUAGAGGCGUGACCCAUGAGCUCCAGAAGGCUCUCAGGGCCUCGGCUCGAGAGAUGGAACGCCUCAAGAUGAGAGAGAAGAUACUCGAGGAGGAGGUCAGGGGCCUCAAGAAGGCUCAGCCUAGUCGACAGAACACGCUCCAUCGUCACAAGAGACACGCGGACGAUACCGAAGCGGAGUUCCGCCAGAAACAGGAAAAGAUGAAAAGUGAACUCAACGCUGAGUGGGAAGACAAACUGAGGACAGAGUGUUCCCGCUUGAAAGCCGAACUAGAUGACCUUCACGCCGAAGAAAAGCACCUAGCCGUUGAAUCUAUGAAAGUCCAGAAGGAACAAGAAAUCAGGGCGCUGAAGCAGUCUUGGGAGCUCCGCCAGGAGGAGAUGGCAAAGGAGAUCUCGACGCUAAAAGACAGCCUGACGGACAAGGACGCUUAUUACCACAAAGAGAUGGAAAACCUCAGAACCAACGCCGACAGGGACGUGUGGGAACUCAGAAGGAAGUUACAAAAGUUGGACGAAAAGAACUGGACACAACAGGAACGCCUUCAGGAGAAGCACACCGAAGAAAUGGAACGCCUAAAACAGGACUUCAAGGAACAAGUAACAGAUCUCGAGGCCCGGCUUGCUGUCACCUCCCAGGUUUCGGGUGAAGAUGAUAGAAGGCAGCUGGAGAAGUCUCACAAUGACGAAGUGGAACACCUUUGUGAACAACACAGGAGUAGUAUGGAACGCCUUCGGGAGGAGCUGGAAGCUGAAAAAUUCCAGGCAGUUGAAGAGGCUCGAGUUAUUGUUUCUGAGCAUUUAGAACAUGUUAACGCUUCUCUCAGAGAACAGCUUCUUGAGGCUACCUGUGCAAAUACCCAGUAUCGAGAGGAACUGGAAGCAAUCAGAGCAGCCCUGAAACUCCGAGAGGAAGUGAUAAGUUCCCUGGAGGAGGAGUUGAUUAAGGUUAAGGGCGGCAGCGAAACAGCUGCCUCCUUCUACAAAGCCUCUCAGUACUCAUUUGCAGGUUCAGACGAGUCCAACAGCUCACAGGACAGACUAAGUAUGUCUGACUCGCUCGACAACCAAGAUGACGCCCAGAAAUCUGGUGGCGGAAGCCUCCUGGGAAAGGUGUUUGGCGGUGGCUGGUUCAGCAGCUCCAAAGCAACCAAGGACAAUGGCAGACGGGGGAGCGCGCCCUCUACAGAUAAGAAGUUGCCCUCAUCUUAGCUGCCAGAAAUACCCUUGUAAAAUACAUCUGGCCCCAUAUGAGGUCAGAUGCCCAGCAUCGUCUUCGUCGUCAUCAUCAUCAUCUAUCAUCAUUAACAACCAUUCUUUUCUCUCUUCCUCUUACUUUUUUGCCUUAUAUUAGCAAAGGAAAGAGAAAGGAAGGGAGCAAAAGAUGGAGAUAAACUAUAUCUCUUUUCUGCGACUUUCGUCACCAGAUGUUCAUUUUGAAAUAUUGUCCUCUUUUCAUGGAUAUUUUCAAUAUUUUUAUAUAUAUUUAUUCUCUUAGAUUUUCCUUUUACUUGUGUAUAGUCAUCCUUUCGUAUCUGCAUACAUUCAUCUAACCACACGCAAAUUUCAAGCAAAAAGUGAAGAAAUUCAUAAUAGCUCCUUCCCAUAUUGUUUCACACUAGAUGUUUUACAUGGUUUUUUAAAUAGAACUUUUAUAUAUACGUAUAUGAAUGGGAGUUUAUUCGACUUUGUAAUACUGUGUCAUUUACAUUGUAUUUGUUGUGUUCAUCUAUUUUCAACUCUCUCCCACUCUUAUCUGGUGACAGACAUGAAUUCCACGAUUGAUAAUAUGGAGGCAUUUGCUCUCCGCAUUUACUUACGUAUAACAUUAUUUACCUAACAGGCCUGGGUUGAGUUCAGACGAGACGUAUUAGUAAUCUCAAUGUAGGUCCUUUUAUGUUCUUUCUUAAAGAUCUACUAAGGACUGAUACAUUUACUAUUCUUUAAACCGCAUAUCUUCCCCAGAAGCUCUGCAUAUGUUAUGAAAGACUCGGCAUGAAAUAUCUCGGGUUUUUCCAUCUGUGUUGUCACCAGUUAGUUGCAAUAUACAACCUGCACACUUCAAACAAGAUAGAAUUCCUGUGCAGUCAUGCAAUAUGUAUUAGUAAAGGAAAAACUAUCUCAUGAAUUAUGAGAGAAAAUUGUUCUCAAUUUUACAAAAUAUCAAAUAAUUUUCCAAAAUAUGUAAGUGUAGACAUUAAAAAUGCUUGAAAUGAUUAACAUAAAACUAUUCCUGUCAUCAUGAGUAAUUACAUUGGGAAAUUGAGACAAACAUUUCAUACAUAAUUCUCAAAUGAGUGGCUGAAAUUCACCUCUUGAAUUUUUAGAAUUUUAAAAAAAGCAAUAGGUUUUUUUUCCGUCUUUUAAAGCCGGGAGGUUUCAGCCUCAGGGUCUUCCAGAUAACAGUUGGUGGUUGUGCGGCAUGUUCCUCUCGUAGGAACAUCCUGUCACUCUCAGUGGACUUCAUGCAAAAGCUUCUAAUGUUUAUUAUCCCUCACACCCACGGGAAAAAUACUUUCCUCGUCAUAGUAGCAGCUUUGCAUUUGUUGAGUAUGCUCAUGGCUUCCAGUUUGUGAUACAUGAAUGCAGUUUAAACACACUUAUUUUGCUAAUUAUUUUAUCCUAUUUUAUCAUAUUGUGAUAUGAUUCUUUAAUAUUAUUUAGUGAGAAAUAGGUUAUGACGAUUGUGAUCAGUGUCUAUGAUAUUAAUCUUCAUAAACGUUUGACGUUGUGAUAUCUUUCUAUAGUAUCUGUCGUCGAUUGUAGUUUUAAAUUUUCAAGCAAGAUUUUUUGAUAAACUGUGUAUUGGGUAAUUAUGAUACGUAUGAAUGAAAAGAUAUCAGUGCUGUCUAAUAAAAUCUACGGAAAGCUUUAAUUACCAAGUAAAUUGCCCUGUUACUGUAGAAGACUGUUAGUUUGACAUUUGUAGUAGAAUAGUACAGUAGUUAUUAUAAAGAAUACUGGUAAAGACUAUGACAUUGUAGAGGCUAGCAAUUCCCAGAACUCCCCAGGCCGGUGGACAUCUUUUUUUUUAAGAUUUUCCCGUUGUGUAGACUGUUUUCAUAGAGAAUGAAGCAACCAUGAGAAUGUUUUCUCAACAGUGAGUUUCAUCGUUUAUUAUAGGGAUCGACUACCGUUCUGCAAUUAAAUUAUCAUUAAGUAUUGGUUUUUAUAGUGAAGGUGUACUCAUGAGUUGCUCUCUCUUCGCGAUGUUACAAAAAUUCGUUCAUGUGAAAACGUCCACUUUAGAAGCUACUAAGUACAGAGGUGCUACUAGUCAAGCCCAUGCAUAGAAAAUAUUGUGCCAAAUGAUUGAAAGAGCAAAGCAAAAAAAAUUGCACGCUCGCAUCUCGAUUGUGUUCGUAUGCAUGAGGAUCUUUGAUAAAGUAGAGAAGUGAAGAGAAGAUGGCAGUAUUUAUUUUAGUGAUACUUGCAAAAAAGUUUUGUAGUUUUAUAUUUGAAGUGUGUAAAGUAUAAGAAGUUUCCAGACCUGCAAACCUUCUAACCCCUCUCAUUUAUUCGUAUCUUACCCUUUUUUAUGUGUUUUAAAAUACUUUCAAGAAAAGGAAGUGAUUAGAACAUACAAAGAUGCAUUACAGUAUUGUUUUAAGUGUUUGACUUGAUGGAAAUAUAGUCUUAGAUUCUCUUAAUAACAAAUAUUUUCCUAUGCGUUUUUUCCCCUUUCAGUAUUAAAAAUGCUAUAAAAAGCUCAAUGGAAUUCCUUUUCUGAAGGACUGACCGUCAAGGAUUAUCAAAAUAUGAUUUUUUGAGAUUUUCGUUAAAAAUUUUUAUAAACUGCAGUUUUUUAUUUAAAAGAAACUUAUCAGUCUAGUUCACUGUUUCUGUGGAUAUUUUAUAAACUAUCUUCAAAACCUAAGGGAACGUCUACCUAGUUUUGUAUUUUCUAGACUCUCCACUAAUCAGUGUAAACGUGAUGUAACCGAGUCCCAACCCAAAUGCUCUCCUUAUUAAGGAAAAUGAAUCUAAUGUCCGAAAAUGGAAAAGGAGCUGAAUUAUUGAACAUACAUUUUAGAUGUAAAGGAGAUUUUUAAACGUUAAGGUAUGAUAUAAUGGGUGCAGACUGAGGAUAAUGUUAAAACUCUCAAACCCAAAUUAUACUAUAAGUUAUAAAGUAAUAAACAGUCGUUCAUUCAAGGGCGUGUGCCUGCAUAAUUCCUAUUUUCCUUAAUAUUUGUAUCUUUUCAUGUGUAUUGUAUUUAUAUUCAGGUUGAUAUAUAUAUCUAGUCUUAAUAUCUCAUGCAUAUUUAUUGUCUUUUUUUUAUAUAAGAAAGCAAUAAAGAAUAUUAUUUA